GUCAAAAUGGCUGCCCCAAGGAAGCCCGCACCGCGCAGCUAGGAAGGGUUGGGGAACCAGCUUCUGCGGGAAAGGGGGAGGGGGGCUCUCGGAAGAGCCAUCGCCAGAACCGUAGGCAGGACUAUCGCCCCCCGGAGCUGCACAGGUUCUAGUUUCAGAUACCCCCCGACAAAAACUUUUGAACUAUCUGGAAAAAUACCAGCCAGGAAAAAUGAUAAAGUUUUUCCUCAUGGUGAAUAAACAAGGGCAGACCCGACUUUCUAAAUACUAUGAACAUGUGGAGAUCAGUAAGCGUACACUGCUGGAAACAGAAGUCAUCAAGAGCUGUCUCUCCCGAUCCAAUGAGCAAUGCUCUUUCAUUGAAUUUAAGGAUUUUAAGCUGAUAUAUCGACAGUAUGCAGCUCUCUUCAUUGUGGUUGGAGUUAAUGACACUGAGAACGAGAUGGCAAUUUAUGAAUUCAUCCACAACUUUGUGGAAGUUUUAGAUGAAUACUUCAGCCGGGUGAGUGAAUUAGAUAUAAUGUUUAAUUUGGAUAAAGUACACAUCAUUUUGGAUGAGAUGGUGUUGAAUGGCUGCAUUGUGGAAACAAAUCGGGCAAGAAUUCUUGCGCCUCUACUCAUUCUUGAUAAAAUGUCAGAAAGCUGAAUAAUGGAAGGUUCUGCCAGACAACAUCAACUGGUGAGAAUACCAUGGACUACCUCUCAACAUCUGCAACCCAAAAAGUCUGGAGUAUGCAUUGCAAAAUGGGGUAUCCUUCCAAAGACAUUUUAAAUAGGUGUUCUCCAUAGUUCCUAAAUAGAAAACAAACUGUAGUUUGAAAUAUGGUGUACAAAGAAAAUUCUUCUCUAAGAGACAAGUUUUAUUUUCUAACCAUGAGCAUUGUUUUCCUCAGUUCAAAUUUUGUUGGGUUCUCAGGGCAUCUUUUUUGUUCUCUGCUUCCCUUUGUAUAUUUACUUUAGGAUAGCAGCAUGAGAAGAAUGUGAGACAAUUAUUAGUCAAUAAAGUUUUAAACACAUAGCACUUGAA